CCGCCCCCGCCCCCGGGAGGUGACGUGCGGCCGGAGGGUCCGGGACCGACCCAAGGCCGGCCCCCUCCGCCCGCCGUGCACGGCCUUUCCCCGCCAGGAGACAGCGUCCGGCUCGGCGCCCACCAUGUCCUCGGUGACGGUCGCGUGCGUGGCGGCCGAGGGCUGCGGGAUCGGAGAGUCUCCCGUGUGGGAGGAGGCCUCCGGGAGCCUCCUGUUCGUGGACAUCGCCUCCGGGAAGGUCAGCCGCUGGGAUUCCCUCACCGGCCUCGUGCGGAGCCUCGCCGUCGAUGCCCCCGUGAGCUCGGUGGCCCUCCGCCGGGCGGGCGGCUACGUGGCCACCGUCGGGACCCGCUUCUGCGGCCUGAACUGGGAGGAGCAGGCCGUGACCACGCUGGCCGCCGUGGACGGAGACAAGCCCAACAACCGCUUCAACGACGGCAAAGUCGACCCGGCCGGGAGGUUCUUCGCAGGGACCAUGGCGGAGGAGACGGCCCCGGCGGUGCUGGAGAGACACCAGGGCUCGUUGUACGCGCUCCACCCCGACGGCCGGGUGGUCAAGUUCUUCGACCAGGUGGACAUCUCCAAUGGGCUGGACUGGUCCCUGGACCGCAAGACCUUCUACUACAUCGACAGCCUCUCCUACGCGGUGGACGCCUUCGACUACGACCUGGGCACGGGCCGGCUCUCCGAGCGCCGGGCGGUGUACCGCCUGGAGGAGGAGGAGGGCAUCCCGGACGGCAUGUGCAUCGACGCGGACGGGAAGCUGUGGGUGGCCUGCUACAACGGAGGCCGGGUCAUCCGCGUCGACCCCGUCACGGGGAGAAGACUCCAAACGGUGAGGCUGCCGGUCGACAAGGUCACGUCGUGCUGCUUCGGGGGGGCGGAUUAUUCGGAUCUGUACGUGACGUCCGCCCGCGAAGGAAUGGACGGCGCCUGGCUCUCCAAGCAGCCCCAGGCCGGGGGCAUCUUCAAGGUCUCCGGGCUGGGGGUGAAAGGACUCGCCCCCAAUUCGUUUGCGGGGUGAAUCCCGCGCCCCGCCCGCCCCCCUCUCGUCCGAACCCCGCGUCCGGCCUGGCAUCGCAGAGGAGCGAGGCAGCGGGAGAACUCGACCGUCGCCCCACCCCUCCCCUCCCCCCCGUUCGCUCCCCGCACCCGUCGCGGCCUCGGUUCCUCGGUGAAGCCGGGGCCGGGGGAGAGGGGCGGUGGGCGUUGACGGCGUCCCCUUCCACCCCCACCUCCCCGCCGGGGCCGUCGGUGCCGGGGGCCGGAGGGCGGAGGCGCCCCCGUGGAAUGCCGAGGGAAAGGUCCCCGGCUGCCGACCCAAUAAACCCUCCCCCGGGAUGACCGCCGUU